AAUUUUUCAGUCAUAAAUCUGUUGAAAGUUUCAUUACUGUUUUAGUCUAAGCUAGCCAGGGAUCCACAUCUAGGUAAUUUUUAUGCGUGUUUGAAAAUCAAAAAGAUUCAAUGGGAUCUUACUUGAGUCGAAGUAAUGGCGAGAUUCAAGAGCUGGAUAUAUCUACGAAUUCUGCUUACCGAUAUCCUCCAAAAGCAGGAAAUUAUUUUUCAUCACAUUUUAUCAUGGGUGGGAAUAAAUUUGAAACGAUGCAACCUGAAGCUUACUUGUUCGGUGAAAAUUCAGACUUGAAUUUUCUGGGACCAAAACCUCACAAUGUUCCUUACAAAGUGUCGUCACCAAGCCAGCCAGUACGAGCUCUUCGAUGUUUAGUCAACAUACGAAAAGAUUCAUUGAGACUUGUCAAAGUACCGAGUGCUUUGAAUAAAACAGUAACAAAUGAAGAUGCACCAGUGGAGCAAGAUCGACAAAUUAUAGCAGAGGAUGGGGAAGGACCCUUUCUGUACAAUAUUGAAUUCACAUUUGAUGCUGACUGUCCAUGCUCCAUCACUAUUUAUUACAACGCCACUGAAGAGAUGUUCAAUAAGAACAUUAUAUAUGCUCCUGACCCGGCUCGUGAUUGUUCAGACACAGUGCAUUUCAAUCCUGGAUGCAACCAGCAAUUUUGUCUUCCGACACAUCGAAUUGAUCCAGCUAAAUUAACAAAGUCAAAAGUAGAUUGGACCAAAGGGUAUACAAAGAUUCCAAUUGUUAUUCAAGUAUGCGCCGACUGUGGACCAACAGUGGUAGGACAUAGUCAUAUCACCUAUGCAGAAUUUUACAAGCCAUCAGACAGCACAUGGUCAAUCAGAACUGUAAAGCAGAAGCAAGCAAUUGAUGGUGUGUGCUACCUUAUUCAAGAAAUAUUUGGAAUUGAAAACAAAGCUCCUACGAGCCAGAAUACAAAUGAUAAUGAAGAUGACGAUGAUAAUGAUUUAGAUGACGAUGGUUCUGAUUGCGUCGUUUGUUUAUCAGAAACCAGAGACACUCUGAUAUUACCAUGCAAACAUUUGUGCUUAUGCAGUUCUUGUGCAAACCAACUGAGAUAUCAGCAAAGUGGCUGUCCAAUAUGUCGACAAUCUUUUCGAGCUUUACUGCAAAUACGAGCAGUGAGAAAGAAAACAAAUCAACCACCUCUGACAACUGAGUCGAGAAAUUCAGAACGUCGGGACUCUAAUACAGAAGAUAAUGACGGGGAAGAUGAAGCAGAAGUCAUUGUACCAGUACCGCCAGGUUAUCAAGUUGUUCCUCUCAUUGAAGCAAUCAAAGGAGAUGUUGUGACGUCAAAGCCAAGAGCUGUGCCAAGUCUUGAACCCUCAACAUCGGUAACAAAUGUAACGGUUGUUGAUGAGACAGUUCGAGCUUCAACUCCAGAUCCAUCAACUUGUCCUUCAACAAGUUCAGGAAAUGUAAUACAAGAUGAAGAUGUCACUAAUUCUGAUAGUGAUGCCGAUGAACCUAAAAUCCACCCGGAAAGCCCUGUUCUUGUGAAGGAAGUUGCUAAAUCUGCAAAUGAGGUUGAAAAAGAAAAUGAAGACCAGCAAGAACAUGAAGAGAAUUCAGAGCAUGAAUAUGCUGAAAUCGGUCUUUCAGUAAAUGAAGACCAACAAGAACAUGAAGAGACUCCAGAGCAUGACUAUACUGAAAUCAGUCUUUCAGGUGUAUCAAAUACUGAAGAAAUUGGCACAGAAAGUACUGAAAGCCAGAAAAGUAUAGAAGAACAUUUGCCCGAAACUGAAGAAAAUGGAGGUACCGCAUCAGAGCAGCCAUCCAGUUCCAUGGAAUACCAAAUCAAUAAGGACGGGAGCAUUGAAAUUUGAUAGUUUUAGAAUACACUAAGAGUCUCAGCAAAUUGGAAUAUACUUUUGUUCGCCUAUAUUUGGAUGGAACAUACCGUAGUGUGCUCUAUCUGUUACCCAUUUGUAAUUUAUAUAUCAUACUUUUGAUUAUUUGUGUGAUUGUGUUCACUUUUAUGCACUUAUUUGUAUAUAAAACAUUUUUGACUUCUCUCCUUUUCCUGGCAUAUGUUGUCACCACUCACCAGAUUUAAACAUUAUGGUUAUACUCUAUUUUCUGUUAUAAAUGGCCAGGUAUAUCAGUCUUGACUACCCAGGCUUACCCUAAUGUCUGGUUGAAGCAUGCUGCAUGUAUGAACAUUGAAAAACCUGGCGUUUCAUAUAUUUUCUCCUUUACAUCUACAUUAUUUCUUUGUCUCUCUGCAUACAAUCAAAUAUUUUAUAAUCCUUUCAAUAUUAAGACAAUUGUUUGUGUAUUUGUUCAAAUUCAAGAUGAAAUCGUAUUUUAUGUAUGUAUGUAUACAUGUGUGUUGGAAAUUUUAUUUCCUUUGUUGGCCAAGUAUGUAUGAUAUUCCUAAAUAUAAUGCCAUUAGAAUGCUACAAGGUUUGUGGAGUCCAGAGCAUAACAAGGAUUGUCCAGGUACCUUAGCUAGUUUUUUGACCGGUCAAUAGACUGAACGAUUAAUGCAGGAAAGCUAUAUAAACCAUUAACUGGUUAUAAAUUAAAAAAUAUUUGUUGAAUGUGAAUCAAUGGAUUUAGGGCAGUAGUGUGCAACCAAAUUCGCCUACAAUGAAAAAAAGGUGUGCGGCCCACGAUGGAGCACUAAUUUUUGAUAAUGUCCGGCCCAUAAAUUUUCAAUUUAGAUCUGGUUCGUGCCAUUAAUUUCAAACCCUUAGCGUUUUAAGCCUAUACCACAACAGCUAGCUUGUGCGAAGCCAACCAUUUCUAACUACUAGAAAGCCUUUGUUAAUCAGAGGUACGGCCUGUGGUUUCACCCAGUUAUUUGUAUCGGACUCUCCUUCUAGAGUGUAAAAGCAUCCCUUUCAAAUUAAAAAAUGAUUCUAUUUCAAGAUAACCUGCAAAAGCUUACAUUCGAAUGCACUCAAUUUGCAAUUAGAACUCAUCUUUGAUAUUCAGCUAUUUUAUUCUACUUUCUUCACUGUAAUUACAUCUUUCCAAUCAAUCAAAUAAUUUCAGUUUAUUGCUUUGGUGUACAGUACGGCUAUUUUCUGAUACAUCGAAUAUAUAUAACAUGAAAAAA